UUGAGUUGAGUUUGCAGUUAACAGUGUCAUAAUAAUAUAAUGAAUCAGUGAUUACCGCUGCCACCGCUCCAGGUAAUUUUAACUUCACCCCACCUCAUCACAGUAACCACACAUGACACACCCUUUAUCUCGCGAUAUUUUCUCUCUGCCACCAUACCGUGACACAUAAUGGCGCUAGUGCCAAUUACCUCUACUAUCUCUGUUUCUUUAUUGCAUCAUGUCAUUUCCUUAUAAAUUAUAAUUAUACAAUUCCAUUCCUCUUCUCUUCUUCAAAUAAAUAUACUUUCUUUAUUGUUAUUAUUCAAUUGUUUAGUUUUAUAGAUUACAGAGAGUUUGUGUAAGAGAAAAAAGUUGUCCCCCUCUUUUCCCUUCUUCUUUCUCUGAGAUCCAAAAAAAAUUCAGGUGAGGUCUUGUGUGGUAGAUAACUGACUCCACUCAACUCAACCUUUUUGAUUUUGCAUUCACUGAGAGAGAGAGAGAGAGAGAAAGAAAAACAUAAAACAUAAAACAUCAGCAUCAAUACAGAGUUUAACUGAAUCAUCAUCAGUUUUGGUUCGUGCCGGUGCCGCCGCAAUGAAGGAAACAGACAAGAGUUUGGAUCCGCAGCUGUGGCACGCGUGCGCCGGCGGUAUGGUUCAGAUGCCGCCGGUGAACUCCAAAGUGUUUUAUUUCCCGCAGGGACACGCGGAACAUGCGCAGUCCAACGUCGAUUUCGGAGCGGCGAGGAUUCCGAUUCCGCCGCUCAUUCUGUGCCGCGUGGCAGCCGUGAAAUUCCUGGCCGACCCCGAAACCGACGAGGUCUUCGCCAGGCUGCGGCUGGUUCCUCUCAGAAACUCGGAGCUCGACUACGAAGACAGCGACGCUAACGGCGAGGCGGAGGGUUCGGAGAAGCCGGCGUCGUUCGCGAAGACGUUAACCCAGUCAGACGCGAACAACGGCGGCGGAUUCUCCGUUCCGCGAUACUGCGCGGAGACGAUAUUCCCGCGGCUGGAUUACUCGGCGGAGCCGCCGGUGCAGACGGUGAUCGCGAGGGACGUGCACGGCGAGGUGUGGAAGUUCCGGCACAUUUACCGAGGGACGCCACGUCGGCACUUGCUGACUACCGGGUGGAGCAGUUUCGUGAACCAGAAGAAACUCGUGGCGGGGGAUUCCAUCGUGUUUCUGCGGGCCGAGAAUGGGGAUCUUUGCGUGGGGAUUCGUAGGGCCAAGAGAGGGGGAGUUGGUGGGCCAGAGGGGCCGUGCGGGUGGAGCAGUUAUGGUUCUGGAGGGCAUGGGCUUGGGCCAUACGGGGCCUUUUCGGGUUUUAUGAGGGAGGAGAGUGGGAGGGCGAAGGUGAGUGGUGAAUCAGUGAGAGAAGCAGUUACUUUGGCGGCUAGUAACCAAGCGUUUGAGGUGGUUUAUUAUCCUCGAGCGAAUACUCCUGAGUUUUGUAUUAGGACCUCGGCUGUGAGAGGGGCUAUGAGGAUUCAGUGGUGUUCCGGUAUGAGGUUCAAGAUGCCUUUUGAGACUGAGGAUUCUUCCAGGAUAAGCUGGUUCAUGGGGACUAUUGCUUCUGUUCAGGUUCUUGAUCCUAUUCGCUGGCCUAAUUCACCUUGGAGGCUUCUUCAGGUUAGUUGGGAUGAGCCUGAUUUGCUACAUAAUGUGAAGCGAGUGAGCCCAUGGUUGGUUGAGUUGGUAUCUAACGUGCCAAUCAUCCAUCUGGCAGCCUUCUCUCCACCAAGGAAGAAGCUUAGGUUCCCCCUUGACGUUCAGUUUCCGAUACCAUCGUUUUCAGGCAACCCCUUUGGGUCUUCUAGCUCUAGCAGCCCCUUUUGUUGUCUCUCUGAUAACGCUCCUGCAGGCAUACAGGGAGCCAGGCAUUCUCAAAUUGGAAUAUCUUUAUCAGAUCUCCACCUUAACAAUAAGCUGCAGUUGGGGUUGCUUCCAACUAAAGUCCACCAGCUUAAUUUGCACGCCGGGAUUUCUAAUGCUAAGAGUAAAGAAAGUCUAUCAUCCUUGCUCUCCAUGGGAAAUUCUAACAUGACUUUGGAGAAAUCUGAUCAUGUCAAGAGACACCAUUUUUUGCUUUUCGGUCAACCGAUACUCACCGAGCAACAAAUCUCUAGAUCUUCUAGUGAUGUCGCCACGGAUGAUGAGAAUAAGGAAAAGAAGAAGAAGGGAUUUCUUAGUGACUCCCAGUCUUCAGUUUCACCAGGAAAUUUAUCUUCUACUGCCGAGUUCUCUUGGCAACUCGGUUCUGAUACCAGUCAUUGCAAGGUUUUCAUGGAGUCUGAAGAUGUAGGACGGACACUUGACUUGUCCUGCCUUUCUUCUUAUCAAGAGUUGUACAUGAGACUCGCUAACAUGUUUGGAAUAGAGAGGUCUGAUAUGUUGAGUCAUGUUCUCUACUGCGACUCAUCCGGUGCUCUUAAGCAAAUUGGAGAGGAACCCUUCAGUGAGUUCAUGAAGACAGCAAAAAGAUUGACCAUUCUGACGGAUUCAAACAACAAAGAUAGUAGAAGGGUUUGGAUCACAGGAACUCGAAAUGCUGAACAUGGAUUGGAUGCUGCAUCAAAUAAGACAGGUCCUCUCAGUAUAUUUGCUUAAUAUGGUGUGGCAUGGCAUCGGAGACAUUGUUUUUAGAUAUGAAAAGUUGAAGGACAUAGUUAUUACUCAGUUGUAAGAGAUGCUAAUAUGAACUGAAAAUUCCAUCAAUAUUGGCGUCUUUGUUUUCGAUGUCCAUUUGUAGAAAAUAAUGAUUUUUCCUGUAUGAUGGACAAUUACUAUUCUAAUAUUAAUUAAUUAAUUAACCUAGAUUUGGUUCCCA